AUGGCUCCACCACUGCUGCGAGCAUCGAGCAAGGCAUUGUCGAGGAUACGCCCGCAAUGUCGACGGAAAUACCACGCGACGGUGCUCCCCUCUCUCGUCUCAACGGGGUCACCAGAAUUCGCCGCCAAAGCUGCUGCAAUGGACACGCUUGUUGCGGAUCUCGAGCAAAACCUGGCGCAAGCGCGGAAGAAGCUGCCCCGCGAACGACUGAAUCUCCUGCUCGAUCCACACACGCCAUUCCUCGAGCUUUCUGCUCUUGCCGCGCAUGACGUGUAUCCAGAAGCUAUUCCGGGAGCUGGGCUCAUCACUGGCAUUGGCCGAAUUCGGGGGCGCGAAUGCAUGGUCAUCGUAAACGACCCCACCGUCAAGGGCGGUGCAUAUUACCCGCUCACCGUCAAAAAGCAACUCCGAGCUCAAGAAAUCGCGCGGGAGCACGGUCUUCCCUGUGUCUAUGUUGUUGAAUCUGGGGGUGCUGCUCUUCCGCAUCAGGCAAAUGUUUUCCCCGACAAGGAACACUUUGGUCGAAUAUUCUACAACAUGGCUCAAAUGUCCGCUCUGGGAAUACCACAAAUUGCUUCAAUACAUGGAAUAUCUGUUGCAGGUGGCGCGUAUGUGCCUGCGAUGGCCGACGAGAACAUCAUUGUUCGAAAUCAAGGCCGUAUCUUUCUCGCAGGUCCUCCAUUGGUCAAAGCAGCCACCGGAGAAGAGGUUGACGAAGAAACGCUUGGCGGUGGAAUGAUGCAUUCCAGCGAGAGUGGGGUUACAGACCAUCUUGCGAACGACGACGAACACGCGCUCGAAAUCACAAGAGAUGUCGUUGGUGAUUUGGGACAUGCUGCCGGACUCCAAGGACUGCCCUCUGCAAAACCUGAAGACCCAUUAUACCCCGCAUCUGAACUCCACGGAAUCGUUGGCACCGAUGUCCGUCAAGCGUUUGAUAUGCGGGACGUUAUUGCGCGAAUCGUCGAUGGCAGUCGGUUCCGGGAAUUCAAGAAAGAAUACGGGCCCACGAUGUUGACAGGAUUCGCGCAUAUACAUGGUUACGAAGUGGGGAUUUGCGCCAACAAUGGGAUCUUGUUCUCGCCGUCUGCACUCAAAGCGACGCACUUCAUCGAGCUCUGUUCUCAGCGCAAGAUUCCACUGCUGUUCCUCGUUAAUGUUACGGGGUAUAUGGUUGGGUCCAAGGCUGAACGUGGAGGAAUCGCGAAAGAUGGUGCAAAGAUGGUUCGCGCCGUUGCAUGUGCGGACGUACCCAAGUUGACCGUUAUCGUUGGCGGCUCAUUCGGUGCUGGAAACUAUGGCAUGGCGGGACGAGCUUAUUCGCCAAGGUUCUUGUGGAUGUGGCCAAACGCAAAAAUAUCAGUAAUGGGCUCUUCCCAGUUGUCGCAGGUCAUGGCCACCGUCUCAAAAGACCCAACACAACACGCAUCUCUCCAAGAUGAGAUUGAAGCACAAUCGACAGCACUAUACUCGACAGCGCGGCUGUGGGAUGACGGAAUAAUUCGCCCCACAGACACCCGCGAUGUACUCGGUCUUGCGCUCGGUUUAUCAGCCAGGAAAACUGCUGCAGGCAAUUCAAGACUGGGAACCGGAACCACUUGGGACGGCGAUGGAAAGGGUUUCGGGGUAUUCAGGAUGUAG